AUGGCGUCCCAAGUGGACCUCAUCAUCAUUGCGCUCGCCGUGCUCCUCCCCCUCCUCUUCUGGUUCCGCGAGUCUCUUCCCUUCGUCGGCGGCAGCAAGAAAAGCCACGAUGCCGGCCAUGUCGCAGCAACGGGUGGUGACGAAGAGGAAGGCGAUCCCCGCGACUUUGUGGGCAAGAUGACGCGCGCUGGCAAGCGCUGCGUCGUCUUCUACGGCACCCAGACUGGUACCGCUGAGGAGUACUCGAUCCGCUUGGCCAAGGAGGCCAAGUCGCGCUACGGUCUGUCGUCGCUCGUGUGCGACCCCGAGGAGUACGACUUCAACAACCUCGACCAGGUUCCCGAGGACUGCUGCGUGUUCUUCGUUAUGGCAACGUACGGCGAGGGAGACCCGACGGACAACGCCGAGCAGUUCUGGGAGUUUAUCAUGGAGGAGAACGUCCAGUUUUCGCAGGGCGGCGACUCGCUUGAGAACCUCAACUAUGUCAUCUUUGGCCUCGGCAACCGCACCUACGAGCAUUUCAACGGCGUUGGCCGCAAGCUCGACGCCAAGCUCGCGGCUCUCGGUGCACACCGCAUUGGCACGCUGGGCGAGGGCGAUGACGACAAGGCCCUCGAGGAGGACUACCUCGAGUGGAAGGACCCCAUGUGGGAGGACUUCUCCAAGCGCAUGAACGUUGAGGAGGGCGGCGCCGGCGAUGUCGCCGACUUUGUCGUCACCGAGGUAACCCCCGACGAGAAGAAGGUCUACCACGGCGAGCUCUCGUCGCGCGCUCUGCUCGCCACCACGUCGGGCACGUCCACCCCUGUCGGUUCGUACAACUCGAAGAACCCCUACGCGUCCCCGGUCCUCAUUACCCGCGAGCUCUUCGCCGUCGACGGCGAGCGCAACUGCGUUCACAUCGAGUUUGACCUGACCGGCUCUGGCCUCUCGUACCAGCAUGGCGACCACGUCGGCGUCUGGCCGUCCAACCCCGACCUCGAGGUUGUGCGCACAAUGACCGUCCUCGGCCUCCUUGACAAGCGCAACGCUGUGGUCGACAUUGUCUCGCUCGACCCCGCUCUUGCCAAGGUCCCAUUCCCGACUCCCGCUACCUACGAGGCCAUUUUCCGCCACUACAUCGACGUUGCCGCCACCGCAUCGCGCCAGACCAUCGCGUUCCUCGCCCGCUACGCGCCUAACGAGGAAGCCAAGGCAAAACUCACUCUCUGGGGUAACGACAAGAAUGCGUACCACGACGAUGUCGACGGCCCGCGCCUCACCCUUGCCGAGGUUCUCAUGGCCGCUGCCGGCGACAAGCUGAACCCGCCCUUUGACAACGUCACCAAGUGGGAGAUCCCGCUCGACCGUAUCAUCUCGACUGUUCCGCGUCUCCAGCCUCGCUACUACUCGAUCUCGUCCUCGUCCAAGCUCUACCCGUCCGCUGUCCAUGUUACCGCUGUCGUGCUCAAGUACUCGUCAACCCAGUCCAAGGUCCAUGACAACAACUCGCGCUUCGUCUAUGGCCUUUCGACCAACUUUAUCCACCACGUUAUGCAGAUGAGCCACAACGGCACGUCCAACGGCAUUCCGAACGGCGGCAGUGGCCUGACGUUUGGCGGCCUUGCGGGCGCCGACGGCAGCAUCCGCCUGGACGGACUCGCGCCCACGUACAAGAUCUCUGGCCCUCGCGACUUCCACCUCAAGGACAACAUCUACCGCGUCCCUGUUCACAUUCGCCGCAGCACCUUCCGCCUCCCCACCUCGCCCAAGGUUCCCAUCAUUAUGAUCGGCCCCGGUACCGGUGUCGCGCCGUUCCGCGGCUUCGUGCAGGAGCGCGUUGCGCUGGCGAAGAAGGCGCGGGAGAAGGCUGGUGCUGACGCGGCAAACGCACUCGAGUCCUGGGCACCCAUUCACCUCUUCUACGGCUGCCGCCGUGAGGAGGAGGACUUCCUCUACCGUGACGAGUGGCCGGGUUACCUCAAGGAGCUCGACCCCGUCUUCAAGAUGCACAAUGCGUUCUCGCGCGGCCCGACCCGCAAGCCUGACGGCUCAAAGAUCUACGUCCAGGACCUCAUCUGGGACCUUCGUGCCGAGCUCGCACCGCUUAUCCUGGACAAGCGCGCGUACAUCUACAUCUGCGGCGACGCCAAGAACAUGGCAAAGAGCGUCGAGGACCGUCUCAUCCACAUGCUCGCUGAGGCCCGUGGAGGAACCCCCGAGGUCGAGGGCGUCAAGGAGCUGAAGGUCCUCAAGGACCGCAACCGUCUCAUGACCGAUGUCUGGAGCUAG